AUUCAAUAAUGGCGGAUCUGUUCUGACACAUUGAGCGUCUUUUCCAGCACUUCAUAGAUUUUUAUACAUAAUUGCAUGAAAAGGCGCCAAACAGCUGAGAGCAACACUGACUGGAGCUGAGAGGAAUCAACUUUUAUUAAUUAUAAAUAUAAAUAUAAAAUUAAUGUGUCAUGGAGGAACAAAGAGAGAAUGGCAAACCAUCAGAAUCUGAAGAACAGAUGAACUCCACGUCUGAACCCGAAGAGAAACACAGUGAUCUGGAGGAGGUGGCCCGGACGGAUUUCAGUGAUCCGGUGUAUAAGGAGAUCUCCCUGGCUAACGGCACCAUUAACCGCAUGAACAGAGACGAGCUGCGAGCUAAAUGUGCCGAGCUCAAGCUGGACACUAGAGGGGUGAAGGACGUAUUAAAGAAGCGGCUGAAGAACUACUACAAGAGACAGAAGCUGAGGCAGUCGGGAGCUUCCGGCCAGCCUGACGAGACCUACUACGACUACAUCUGCGUGGUGGACUUCGAGGCGACCUGUGAGGAGAACAACCCACGGAACUACGUCCACGAGAUCAUCGAGUUCCCCAUGGUUCUCAUCGACACGCGCAGCAUGGAGAUUACGGACUCUUUUCAGGAGUACGUACAGCCGGAGGUGAACCCGCUGCUCUCAGAUUUCUGUGUGAAGCUAACAGGAAUAACGCAGAAAAUAGUGGACGAGGCCGAUACGUUUUCACGCGUUUUGCGCCGAGCCGUAGCCUGGCUGCAGGAGAAAGAGCUCGGGACCAAGUACAAAUACACUCUGCUGACAGACGGAUCGUGGGAUAUGAGUAAGUUCUUGUACACGCAGUGUCGCCUGAGCCGGCUCCGGUUCCCUCAGUUCGCCAGAUCCUGGAUCAACAUCAGAAAGACCUACGGAAACUAUUAUAAGGUGGAUCGAACCCAGACCCGGCUGAACUGCAUGCUGGAGAACAUGGGACUGCAGUACGAGGGUCGACCGCACUGCGGCCUGGACGAUUCUCGCAACAUCGCCCGCGUGGCCGUCCACAUGCUGAAGGACGGCUGUCAGCUAAGGGCCAACGAGCGCCUGCAUGCCAACGAACUGCAGAACGUCCCCGUGUCGGCGCUGUUAGCCCUCGCCGCUCCUCCUCAGUACCCCAAGAUCAGGGACUAAAGGAUCAGAGAUUGAGUCAUUUCAAGCAUCCUGAUCCUCCUGCUGUUAUACAUACCAAUAAAAGCCUUUUCUACACACUCGGGUCUUCUGAAUCGCUCAUGUACAGAUGAGAAGCACCAGUGAUUAUACCUGACACAGAACCUGCUCUAACAGCAGCCAGUAUUUGAGACAGAAUGACAAAACUAUGUAGGACUGCUGUCUACAUCAAACAGUCCACUUUUUUUAAUAAUAAUAAUAAAAAAGAGGUGAAAAAUCAAA